AUGAUCUCAAGUCGAUGGAUAAGCCGCAUGUCGUGCAGCCCCCUUGUAUACAUCACGUUCAGCUUGACAAUGUCAGACGCCUGGAUGUGCUUGUCAAUGGGGUCGAGCUUCAUUCUACAAAGCUACCUGCCGUACGUCUGGCACAUCUCCAUAUCAAACUCUUUGUGCUUCGGUUUAGCCUACGAGGCUAUCCGAAUGGGCGCAAUGAUUACGUCCGUGCUUCAUCUGAUGCUGCUGGCUGUGAGCCAUUACCUGUCGAUCAUGCAUCCGCUGCGGUACAGGAGCUUGCUGACUCCAGAAAUCAGUUUGCUGUGCAUCGUGUUGUCUUGGUUGAUGCCCACGGCUUGUUUCCUGUUGUUUUUCAGCAUGGUGCCAGGCCAAGCGUUUCUCUCCUCCGAAUGCAGUGAGAUCACGUUCUUUUGUAUGCUGACCUUCCGCGCCAUAGUCGCCACGCUCAUCUGCGCACCGCUCGCUCUCUGCAUCCUUAUUUAUAUGCGAAUUUUCUACGUAGCGCUGCGAAGCCAGCGACGACGGCGCAGAAACGAGGGAAAUACCUCGCGGGUGCGUCGAAGCUACAACUUCAAAGCGGUGGUCACAACUGGGCUGGUUUUGGGUAAGUAG